GCUCAAAGACCCGGAUUUAAAGAGACAGGCGCUACAACCGUGGUGGCUGAGCGCGGCCUGUGGGCGCCCAGUCCGAGGCUUUCGGUGUGCGCCGGAGCCGGGAAGGCAGCUGUAUGACUUUGGCUUUCAAGAUCCUCUUCCCAUCAACCCUCCGUACACUCAGCCGAAAAGAACUGUGCCUAUUCCAAGAACAUCUCUGGCCAGACAUAAAACAGUUCAGCCAGUGGUCAGAAACAGAUCGGCUUCAUGGGCACUGUCUCCUCCAGAAAAGAAAGCCCAUUCUGUCAUUCCAAAAAGGCAAUCUAAGACCACGAGCCUCCUGCUUUGUCUUCUUGCCACGGUCGCAUGUGGGACUCUGCAGUGGGCCCUGUGAGAUGGAGCAACGGUUCUGUGUGGACUAUGCCAAGCGUGGAACAGCUGGUUGCAAAAAAUGCAAGGAAAAGAUUGUGAAGGGCGUAUGCCGAAUCGGCAAAGUGGUACCCAACCCCUUCUCAGAGUCUGGGGGUGAUAUGAAAGAGUGGUACCACGUGAAAUGCAUGUUUGAGAAACUGGAGCGGGCCCGUGCCACCACAAAAAAAAUUGAGGACCUCACAGAGCUGGAAGGCUGGGAAGAGCUGGAAGAUAAUGAGAAGGAGCAGAUAAGUCAGCAUAUUGCAGAUCUGUCUUCUAAGGCAACAAGCACACCAAAGAAGAAAGCCGUCGUUCAGGCUAAGCUGACAGCCACAGGCCAGGUGACAUCUCCGGUGAAAGGUGCUUCAUUUGUUACCAAUAACAAUCCCCGGAAAUUUUCUGGAUUUUCAGCCAAGCCCAACAACUCUGGAGAAGCCUGCUCAAGCCCUACCCGUAAAACAAGUCUGUCCUCAAGCAAAUGUGACCCCAAGCACAAGGAUUGUCUGCUACGUGAGUUUCGGAAGUUGUGCGCCACAGUGGCUGAAAAUCCUAGCUACAACACAAAGACCCAGAUCAUCCAGGACUUCCUUCGGAAAGGCUCAGCAGGAGAUGGUUUCCAUGGUGAUGUGUACCUAACAGUGAAGCUGCUGCUGCCGGGUGUUAUUAAGAGCGUUUACAACUUGAAUGAUAAGCAGAUUGUGAAGCUUUUCAGCCGCAUUUUUAACUGCAACCCAGAUGAUAUGGCACGAGAUCUAGAGCAGGGUGAUGUAUCAGAGACAAUCAGAGUCUUCUUUGAGCAGAGCAGGUCUUUCCCCCCCGCUGCCAAGAGCCUUCUUACCAUCCAGGAGGUGGACGAAUUCCUCCUGCGGCUCUCCAAGCUCACCAAGGAGGAUGAGCAGCAACAGGCCCUGCAGGACAUCGCCUCCAGAUGUACAGCCAAUGACCUUAAGUGCAUCAUCAGGUUGAUCAAACAUGAUCUGAAGAUGAACUCGGGAGCAAAACACGUGUUAGACGCCCUCGACCCCAAUGCCUAUGAAGCCUUCAAAGCCUCACGCAACCUGCAGGACGUGGUGGAGCGGGUCCUCCACAAUGAGCAGGAGGUGGAGAAGGAGCCAGGCCGGAGACGAGCUCUCAGCGUUCAGGCCUCACUGAUGACCCCGGUGCAGCCCAUGCUGGCCGAGGCCUGCAAGUCCAUUGAGUACGCAAUGAAGAAGUGUCCUAACGGCAUGUUCUCUGAGAUCAAGUAUGAUGGGGAGCGAGUCCAGGUGCAUAAGAACGGAGACCACUUCAGCUACUUCAGCCGCAGUCUCAAGCCUGUCCUACCUCACAAGGUGGCCCACUUUAAGGACUACAUCCCUCAGGCUUUCCCUGGGGGCCACAGUAUGAUCUUGGACUCUGAAGUGCUCCUGAUUGACAACAAGACAGGCAAACCAUUGCCCUUUGGGACUCUGGGUGUGCACAAGAAAGCCGCCUUCCAGGAUGCUAAUGUCUGCCUGUUUGUUUUUGAUUGUAUCUACUUCAAUGGUGUCAGCUUGAUGGACAGGCCUCUGUGUGAGCGGCGGAAGUUUCUUCAUGAUAACAUGGUUGAAAUUCCCAACCGGAUCAUGUUCUCAGAAAUGAAGCAAGUUACGAAAGCUUCAGACUUGGUUGACAUGAUAAAUCGGGUGAUCCGAGAGGGGUUGGAAGGGCUGGUGCUGAAGGACGCAAAGGGUACAUACGAGCCUGGAAAGCGGCAUUGGCUGAAAGUGAAGAAAGACUAUUUGAACGAGGGGGCCAUGGCUGACACAGCUGACCUGGUGGUCCUGGGGGCCUUCUACGGGCAAGGGAGCAAAGGUGGCAUGAUGUCCAUCUUCCUCAUGGGCUGCUACGACCCCAGCAGCCAGAAGUGGUGCACAGUCACCAAGUGUUCAGGCGGCCAUGACGACGCGACGCUGGCCCGCCUGCAGAAGGAGCUGGACAUGGUGAAGAUCAGCAAGGAUCCCAGCAAGAUACCCAGCUGGCUGAAAAUCAACAAGAUCUACUAUCCUGACUUCAUCGUCCCAGACCCGAAGAGAGCUGCCGUGUGGGAGAUCACAGGGGCUGAGUUCUCCAAAUCGGAGGCUCACACAGCCGACGGCAUCUCCAUCCGAUUCCCUCGCUGCACCCGAAUCCGGGAUGAUAAGGACUGGAAAUCUGCCACUAACCUCCCCCAACUUAAGGAACUGUACCAGCUGUCCAAGGAAAGGGCAGACUUCACUGUAGUGGCUGGAGACGAGGGGAGCUCCACUACCGGGGGCAGCAGCGGAGAGAAUGGGGGCGCCUCGGGGCCUGCUGUGUCUCAGAAGGCCAGAACCUCCCCCAAGCAGUCUUCUACCAGUGCCAAGAAGGCAGGAGGGAAGCCGAGUCACCCCAACAGCAAAAGUGGCCCCAAGCUGGCUGCAGAGCCUUCUGUGAAAGCGGGAGAGAAGCUGGUCACGAAGUCUUCCGUGAAGGUGGGGGAGAAGCGGAAGGCUUCAGACGAGACCCCAUGCCAAGCAAAGGUGCUGCUGGACAUCUUCACUGGGGUGCGGCUCUACCUGCCGCCCUCCACACCAGACUUCAGCCGUCUCAGACGCUACUUUGUGGCAUUUGAUGGGGACCUGGUACAGGAAUUUGAUGUGGCCUCAGCCACACAUGUGCUGGGUAGCAGGGACAAGAACCCUGAGGCCCAGCAGAUCUCCCCAGAGUGGAUUUGGGCAUGUAUCCGGAAACGAAGACUGGUAGCUCCCUGCUAGGACUGCUGCCUUCCCUCUGCCUCCAGGCCUACCCUUCCCUGUGGCUGGGGCAGAAACGGGCGGGGAUGGACUUCUUCUCCAAGAAUUGUGUCUUCCAAAACCCACACCCGUGCACGGUCUCUCUCCGCCCAGGAGUCAGGUGCUCUGGGUGCCACCAGGGAAGUCAUUUUCUCCUACUGGUCUAUUUAGAUCUUUCAGAUCUGGGUGCUGGUUUUGUCUUUUUGUUCUUUAAAAAGGAACCUUUCUUCCUCUUUGAAAUAAAAUAUCUUAUGGUUAUCUCUGUCUUCCCCCAGUUCCACCUCCUGUAAUUUCCCAAGUGAUUACGGAGUGAAGUGAAGGCAGGGCUGCUGAGGUCUGUCCCCAGAGCCAGCCCAGUGGAGUCUUCCUCCUCCCUGCCUGCCCUUCACUUCCACACUCCUUUUAAAGUUGUUUCUGACACUGCUCUCCCUCAGAAAUGCUGCUUAUAUUGGCAGACCUUGUAUUCAGCCUGGCCCUUUUUACCAGGAAUG